CCCCACCCACAUUUCCAUUUCACCCCCGUGAAUUCGAACCACCAACUUUCCGUUGACUGUCACUGCUUCUUAAACCGCCACAUCGUUUUGUAAAGAAACCAGGGAGACCCCCAUGUGCCCCUGAGUAACUUGUAUUCUUGGUUCUCCUUUAAAUUUCCUCCGUGGCUGGGUACUACAUCUGCCACUACCACCGGCAGCAGCAGCGCUGCUUCUUGAUGUUGUGGUCGGGAAUACGCAUGCGCCCAGCAUUGGAAUUACUGCACUGGCAAGAAUAAGUUGGACCUCGUCUGUCUUCACUAAAAGAAAAAUAGACAAAACAAAACUAUGGCAGUGUUCAGAAUAAGAAGAAUUAGGUUUUGCUACGUCUGGUUGUUCCCUAUCCUAUUGACCGUGAUGUGCGCUCAACGUGCCGGUGCCAAUGAACCUAGCAAUAUGUCUGUGGUUAAAGAAACAGUGGAUAGACUGUUGAAAGGUUAUGAUAUACGAUUGAGGCCAGAUUUUGGAGGUCCUCCCGUUGGAGUGGGAAUGAAUAUAGACAUAGCCAGCAUAGACAUGGUGUCAGAAGUCAAUAUGGACUACACAUUGACGAUGUACUUCCAGCAGGCCUGGCGAGACAAACGGCUGUCCUACUCUGAGAUCCCUCUCAACCUGACCUUAGAUAACCGGGUGGCUGACCAGCUCUGGGUCCCCGACACCUAUUUCCUCAACGACAAGAAAUCGUUUGUCCACGGUGUCACGGUGAAAAAUAGAAUGAUCCGUCUGCACCCGGAUGGUACCGUUCUGUACGGUCUAAGGAUCACUACCACCGCUGCCUGUAUGAUGGACCUGAGAAGGUAUCCUCUGGAUGAGCAAAACUGCACACUCGAGAUAGAGAGUUAUGGCUACACUACAGAUGACAUUGAGUUCUACUGGCGGGGAGGAAACGGGGCUGUCACGGGGGUGGACAGGAUCGAACUGCCCCAGUUUGACAUUGUGGAUCAUAAUCUAAUCUCCAAGAAUGUCGUCUUCUCCACAGGUUCUUACCCUCGUCUGUCCCUGAGUUUUAAGCUGAAGAGAAACAUUGGGUACUUCAUCCUGCAGACAUACAUGCCUUCCAUACUUAUCACCAUCCUCUCUUGGGUCUCCUUCUGGAUCAACUAUGACGCCUCUGCUGCCAGAGUGGCUCUAGGAAUUACCACUGUGCUCACCAUGACCACCAUUAACACCCAUUUGAGAGAAACCCUCCCCAAAAUCCCCUAUGUCAAGGCUAUCGACAUGUACCUCAUGGGCUGCUUCGUCUUCGUCUUCAUGGCUCUGCUGGAGUAUGCGCUGGUAAACUACAUCUUCUUUGGACGGGGCCCUCAACGUCAGAAAAGAGCAGCUGAGAAACUAAGUGUAGCCAACAACGAAAAGAUGAGGAUGGAUCCAAACAAGUGGUUGGUGGGGAAUGUAGUUGGCAGAGAUGAUACUCUGUAUGCAAGAAUGAAACAAAGGGAUCUUGAUGGUCAUGACUCGAUGUGGGAACCAAUCUUUGUGGAUGACGCAGCAAUGGGACUUGGCGAUCAAAGGAAUAAGAUGGACCCACAUGAAAACAUUCUUUUGGGCACCCUGGACAUCAAAAAUGACAUGGGCGUUACCGAGCUGGCACUGGGUCUCAAUGACCCAAGAAAUACUAUGCUGACAUACGACAGCUCAACUCUACAGUACCGCAAAACAGGGCUGGCCAGGCACAACUAUGGCAGAAACACGCUGGAGUGCCACAUGACUCAAAAGAAGAGCCGACUACGGAGGCGCGCUUCUCAGCUAAAAAUCAACAUCCCAGACUUGACUGAUGUAAACUCUAUUGACAAGUGGUCGAGGGUGAUCUUCCCAACUGUCUUCACCUUCUUCAACGUUGUUUACUGGCUUUAUUAUGUCAAUUAAAGGGGAAAAAGGACAUCAGUGAAGGCAAGAACAAACAACAAAAUACUUAGGUCAUUUGUUGUUUGUUUCUGGUUUGUUUCAUUUGUAUGUGAUCUUUAAUACUGGACUGAAAUACUAUAUUCAGGACUGGAUCCAUCAUAACUUGGAAUACUGCGUUUGCUGGCUAACACGUGAAAACCUUAUAGAAGAGAGAUUACAAACAUAUAAGGUGCCUGUUCCUGAUUAUUUGUUUAAAUUUUACACGUUUGGGAAAUUUGUAUGUUCACACUUUUUUUAAAUGUUUGUUUGCAUAUUGUUUACGUUUUUAUUACUUUGAAUUUAUAGAAUACAUCAUUCAUUGCCAAAAUAUCAUAUCAUUCAGAUUCAAAAAUGACAAGAUGACAUAUCUAAAGGAUUUGUUUACUUUCACUGAAACUACUCAAAAAGUGCUGGAGCAAAUUAACGUCAGUAGGGUUUUCUAAGGUUAUUUGUGUCAAUUUACUCAAACUAAUUUUCCUAUUAAUAUUACAAGGGCCUGAUGUUCACAAUUUACAAUAUCAUGUAAUGUAAAAUAUAUUUUGGAUCAAACAUUUUCUACUUUCUACUAAUAAACUGGCAGCCCUGUAUCAUUUAUUUCUAAGUAUUUUCUCAGUUCAUAGACCAUUUAAAUAGGGUAACAAUAAGAAAUAUCAACUAAGAACAUUCCAAAACGUCCAGGUUUGAACUCAAUUGCACUCAAAAGCCUGUUGAAAGUCAAAAAUGUUAUAAUGUAAAUAAGCAUAAAGCUAAUACAGCCAAUGUGGAUUGUCAUUAGUUUGUCUGUCCACUCUGUCCAUUGGAAGAGAGUAAAGAACAGAAGGAGAGAAACAAAUGUAGUAAAGGAAUCUAAUGUUUGUGUUUAGCCAAAUUGGAUUUACAUAUAUAUUAUUAUAAUCAAAAUGUUGACCUUCACCUCAAAGUCCAUUCACACAGUAUGGAUGUCUUUGGGGAUGAUUUGUCUAAAGAAAGUAGUUUAGUCUAUAACUGUGUAUGUAAACAUCACCUGUAUACCUUUUAGUAUAUCUAUAAUAAGACCAAAAAUUGUCUGACUUCAGCUUUCUAUUCCCAUUUUCUUGGAAACAUAUUUACCAACUGAGAAGAAAAUGUCCUCAAAUGACGAAAAGGCACUUUCUCGGUUCAAGAAGAACACGGAUGGUAAAGCUUAAAACUGACGCCAUUGAUCCUGCCAGAAGGCAAAAAAGCACAAAUAUCAGCUUUUAAGACAAUAUUUAAAUAUCAUGUUUUUAUGCUAGGUUUUUCGUUUUGUUGCCAAUGAGUUUAUAUAUGUAUCUGCCUCCAAAGCUAACAUAUUAUAAUCACAAUUUAAAACCAAUAAGUCAUUUUUUCCAGAUUGAAAAUGGGUUGAUGAUCGUAGAGGUCAUAGCCUUUAGUCCACAUUCAACAGGUAAUUACAGAUUAUUUACCAAUGAUGCUGUGCUUUUGACGUUGUGGACACAAUGAAGAUUUUAUAAAGGAUUUUGCACACAAGUUCUUAAAAGCCAUAGAGGCUGUACCUAGUUCUUCACAUACCUGGUGCUUAUGUGGGCUAUCUUAAAAGGAACUUUAUUAUUAUGACUACAAUCACACUUGUUUCAGUUCCAACAAAGUUUAAAUGUAGGAAAACACGACUAGGGCUGCGAUAAAGAGUGUACCAUCCCUCUUCCCAUUGAUUUUCCACACUGCCCGUAUGAAUAAUUCUGCUGUUAUAGCCUCUUUUAUUGCAUAUAAGUAGAGUCAAUAGAUUUAAGGAAAAUAGGAAACUUCAAACAUAUUUCAAAGUUAAAUUGAAAUGAUAGGAACAAGAGCUUUUGCAUUGUUUGUCUCAAGUGCUUCUUUCGAGUUCACCUAAAACAACAAAGUUCUCACUCAAAGGAUGAAUAUUUACUUGUAUGCCAUUCAUUUUGAUUGUGAUGGUUUGAGUAAACACUUUGAACAUUUAUAUUGUAAUUGUUUACUUAAAAUGUAGCCACAUACAGUUAUGUCUCACUGCAUGAUCUGUAAAGUAGUAACUCUUUGAUAUUCUGUUUUUAUCUCACUUUCUCCUUUUCUCACUGAACUGUUUCAUUUAAUUUGUGCUUUUUGAGUUUAAUUGAACUCGCAAAUGAGCAUACAUGAUUCUGUGAUUGCAAUUUAUAAAAAGUAUGUCUAAUGGAUAUUUCAAAUAUUGAUGAUGGUAUAAAAGAUAUUUACAUUUUUCUAAUAAGCAUUUACAGCAGAAACUGUUUUAAGAAUAACACAAUAAUGCAUUUUUACAAGCACUGCCCAACAACUCCAAUGGAAACUUUGAUUAAACAGUGUGCAUAGUUUUAACCUACAUUAACCUCACUGGUGUUUACAUGUCAUCCAAAUGAACCAUUUUCACAUUGUGUUGAUCUAGGAAUUGAAAUCUGCGCAUUGUGUGUAAAUUAUAAAGUCUCGUUUUGGGAGUUGUUUAAUUGUUCUGGUGAUUAUGUCAAACUAAAUUAUUCUGACCUUUUUUUGUUUUUAUUUUGUAAUUAAGUAGAAUGUGCGAAGAGAUCCUUAUAGAUUAUCGAAUAGUCACCUUAUUAUUGGCAUUGUGCAUUGUUCUAUAUUUGAGGAUGAAUUGAACUCAAAUGAGCAUAUUUAGAUAAGUAUGUAUAUAUCAGAUAGUAUAUUAUUAAUCCUCAAUUGGAUAAUAUUAUUCCUGUAAAUAAAUACCUAUGAGCUUUCAACAUAAAGGAGAAAACAGACAUUUGAAAUAUAAUUUAUACUGUAACGUUAAGAGAAUGAAAAAGGCUGAUGUGAAACAAUGUAAAUAGUCUAUUUUGCAGUGUCACAUGAUCACUUUUUUCUUUGCUUUUUUUUCUCUAUUUGUUAAAGCACAUACCUUUGGGUUUGCCAAAAUGUAACAUAUAUUCAUGAAUGUAGUUGAUAUUCUUUUGCAGCAUGUAUUUGCUGUAAUGUGUCAGCAAAAGUUUUACAAUUUAUUGUACCAAUGAUCAGCUAAAUAACGCAUAAUGUACACCACCGUUUCAAACUAACAAACUAACACGCACACACACACACACACUAAGGGUCGAGUGAUAAGGAGGCUAGAAAUACCUUUGGAUUAGCCCGAAAGUAAACCAUCUCAGGACAGCACAAUUCACACUACAAACAACACACAAAAACAAACUACAACUUCCUGCAUUGUACUUAAGAAAAAGUACCUUAGUGAGCUUGUUUCAGAUGUAAUGUGUUUGCUUCCUCUGUUUGACAACAUUCCUAUAUUACCAGAUGCAAUACACUUUUACACUUCUGACAGUAUCCAACAUAUUUUCACCAUUGGCAGAAUCUAAGGACCUUAGAAAUAAGUCAUUAAUGUAUUAAAUUAACCUUAGCCAUAAACAUGUCUCAACCCGAAAUGAAUAUAUUUCUUAUUUUCAGAAAAACUACUGUAUGUGGUAUGACAUGGUGUGUUUGAGUGUGAGAGUGUGUAGUGGAUGUGUGUUUGCCAGACAGGCAUGCGUUUCCACCGGCUACUGCCAAGAAAAGUCUGCUUCAUGAGUUCUACACUUUGAAUAUGUGUUUGUUCUUCACAGCGCUUUUUUCGUUUCAUAUAUUUUUAUACUUCUAUACUCCUGUGUAAAAAAACAACUGCAAACACUGUUGUUUCGCAAAACCUUGUAAAUCCAAUUUUGGCAAUUUUCACAUUUAUAUGAUGAUUAUAUUGUCCUCUAGGGGUUCUGAAAACCUAAUGACAUAUAUGCUUACAAAAUCCUGUCAUGAUCCCAUGUAUAAAGUAAAACUAAAUACAUUAUGGUUUAAAAAUUGCUUUUUUUUCUCUUCAUUCCUGGAAAGUUAAGGUUUUUGGGAAUGCAAGGUUUUCAUCAGAGAGCAGAGUCUUCUCUUGGGACAGACUGACAUCCUAAAAGCCUAAAUGACACAUCUUGGUGACAGUGUAUGUUUGCACACACUCACAGAAGAAGCCUUAGCCUCAUGCUACCCUGGAUUAAACUCCAAGGAGCAUCAAUCCUUUUUACCCUCUCAACACCCUCCACCUUGAACAAUCCCUGUAUGUGCCACUCACGAGAACAUUCCCAGAAACCCAGAGCUGUACCCUUCUCAAAGAUAAGCCCUGUGAAAGUCAGUGUCUGUCUUUACUAUGAAAAACCUAAUGAAUACAUUGUCAAUAAAUAUUGUAUACAGUUCUAA